AUGAAUAUAAGUCUGCUGCAGCUUCUUUCAUAAAUUGACAGUCUCCGACAGCCUCAUACCUUCUGAACGCUGAGUUAAGCUUUGCUCAGUCGCUGGUGCUAAAUAAUUGAGGUGAAAACAUGCCCAAAACAGGAUUUUCAGCAUAUGUGUGUUUGGUUUUUGCCGGGUGCUUCUGUUGCAGCAAAGCUAUGCCGACUAGACUCAACCAGGUGGCUGUGAACACCAGACCUGUGAUCGGUAUUUUGACUCAGAUAGUUACAGAUGAAGUCAUGAAACCAUUUGGGAGCACCUACAUAGCCGCCUCCUAUGUGAAGUACAUUGAGUCUGGGGGCAGCAGAGUGAUGCCUAUCAGGUUGACUCUCACUACAGCUGAAUAUAAAAACAUCUUCAGGCAGAUAAAUGGCUUGCUUCUCAUCGGGGGAGCCGUGGAUUUGGAGACGUCAGACUUUGCCAGGGUGGCGAAGAUUUUUUACACACUCGCUCUGAGGGCCAAUAAUGCCGGGGACUUCUUCCCCAUCUGGGGUACCUGCCUGGGCAUGCAGCUGCUGACUGUACUGGUGGCCGGUGAAAAUCUGCUGACAAACACCACAGCUGUUAACAUAGCGUUGCCCCUCAACCUGACCACAGAGGCCAGCUCCAGUAGGAUGUUUGAUGGUUUCCCCAAAGAGCUAAUGAAGGCUGUGACCCAAGAACCUCUGACAGGCAACUUUCAUCACUAUGGACUUACAGUACAGACCUUUCAGGAAAAUCAGAAGCUGCAGAGUUUCUUCUCCAUCCUGUCUACAAACAUCGCAGAGAACGGAGCCAACUUUGUCUCAACUAUAGAAGGUAAGAGAUAUCCCUUCUAUGGAGCACAGUGGCAUCCAGAGGUGAAUCGUUUCCAGUGGGACACAAAGUUGAACUUCCCUCACUCGCCUCACGCCGUUCAGUUGUCUUCUCUGCUGGCUGAGUUUUUCGUUGAAGAAGGAAGGAGAAGUUUACAUCGGUUUGACAAUCCUGAGGAAGAGGCCUCGUCGCUGAUUUAUAACUACACGCCUGUCUACGCUGCGAACUUCACAGCGUACGAGCAGGUCUACUUCUUCUGAGCAUCUCACAGCUCGGCCUCAGAGCAAAGCGGUUGACUUCAACCAUUCGAUCACUUUCAUCACCCGGAGGAGAGGUUUCUGCACCUGUUGUUUUGCUGAUACAUUUGUAUGCUGUUAUUCCUAUUAAAAAGUGCCUUUUUGCAU